AUGACAGUCACUGGAACCACUCAAGACUUCACAACCACCACAGAUACACAGGCCAACAUUAUGGAUAAUGAUUUAGGGGCAUCUAAAGAUGUGUUCUUGAACAAGUUCAACCAGGACAUCGAAGUGAAUGGUAACGAAGAAUUUCCAGCUGCCAAGUACCCAAAUUACCUUCCAACCUGGGAUCCAGACCAAAGUUAUCCUCCCCUCGAGGCAUUCCCAUUUGCCGACCGUGGUCAGGGGGUUGAUACCACCUAUCCUGAUCUGUUUGGUUAUGGGGUCGAAGUUUCCGAGAUCAGCCCAAAGACAGGAUCAGAAAUUCAAGGCCUUCAACUUACUUCCCUUAGCGAUUCUGGGAGGAAUCAGCUUGCACGCUUCGUUGCCGAACGGAAAGUAGUUGUGUUUCGGGAACAACAGUUUGCGGAUCUGCCCAUCUCUGAUGUCUUGGAUUUUGGUGCAUACUAUGGCCGUUAUCACGUACAUCCAACCUCUGGCUCACCAAAGGGAUACCCGCAGAUCCAUCUUGUGCAUCUUUGGCAUUCCGACGUUACUUACGAGCGACAGCCUCCUGGAAUUACAUUUCUAUAUGUCUUGGAGAAACCUGAAUCCGGUGGAGAUACGCUCUUCGCCAACUGUUUUGAAGCAUACGAGCGACUGAGCCCCGCAUUUCAGCAUCGUCUCCACGGCCUUACGGCCAUACACUCUGGUGCUGAGCAGAUCAAGGCUUCAAUCGCAAAGGGCAGCGUCACACGAAGAGCGCCUGUGGUAACCGAACAUCCCAUUGUGCGAACUCAUCCCACGACUGGAGAAAAGGCCAUAUUUGUCAAUCCUCAAUUCACGAGAAAUAUUGUGGGUAUGAAGCAGGAGGAGUCCGAAGCUCUUCUUAAAUUCUUAUACAAUCACGUCUCAUAUGGUGCUGAUUUCCAGGUUCGCGUACGAUGGGAGCCCGGGACUGUAGUGGUGUGGGACAAUCGCGUUACCCAGCACUCUGCCAUUGUGGAUUGGACUAGUAAAGCGCGAAGACACCUGGCUCGUCUAACUUUGCAAGCGGAAAAGCCAUAUGAAACUCCAUUCUCUGCGACUUCAAAUUAG